GCAGAAAUCACAUUAGAUGCAAACUGCCUGUCGAAAUGAACAAAAGUCCGAACACCAAAAAGAAAUAUUAAAUAAAAACAAUUUAUGAACAACUAGCGCCAUAAAAUUGCCCAUAAAACAACAGGGAGAAAUCAAACCAAAACCGUCCGCAAAUAUCCAAAAAAUAUAUAUAAAUAAAACGAAGAAAAGAGCAGGAGUGAGCGUAAAACUAUUAUUUGACAAACUGUCAGCGUGGAAGAGCUCAGUCGAAGGUGAAAUUUGUGAACGUUUGCGAAAUUCUCGAGUGAAAUCUCUGCUCUGCUCUGCUGUUUAUGCCCGGCGUUGCGUAUACGCCGCGUUGCCUGUUCCGCUGUUUCAGCAGUAUACGGAGAUACUCCGCAACUCGCGGGCGGAGGUGUUAAAUGCGUUCACAUAUCUCUGGUGCGGCCCGGGCCGCCUUCUGCACUCCAUCACCACCAACAGCCACAUCCGCCGUCAUCCGCCAGUGAAAGUGCCGAGCUGUGCAUUAUUUCCGCGUAAGUGAACAUUUUUGCCCCCGAGGGAGGAAGAGAGCCCCCCAUCCGAGUGUGUUGACUCUGCCGCUGAACGGCAUGCGCCUGUGGAGGAAUCGAAGUCGCAGCAAAAUGCAUACCCUCGAAACGGGCCCCUGGUCCGUCCAUGGGCCACAGUUGACGCAGCUGCUCCUUGGCGGCAUACUCUGCAUGACAAUUGCCUCGAACACACAGACGUCCGCAGAGGCCACAGGAGCGCAGGAGACAAGAGCAGCAUCAGCAUCAGCAUCAGCCACCGCCAUCAGUUUCGAUGGAAGCAGCGACCCAUCAUCAGCCUCAUCCGCAUACUCGGCGACCGCAUUCUCCAGCCUUGCUCAAGUGUCCUCGCUGCUGCCGGAGGCGGCCGCCCUGUCGGCGACAGCCGCCCUGGUGGAACCAUAUCUAGAUGGCUAUGCCACCUCCAAUGUGACCACUCAGAUCGGUACACACGCGUAUCUCCCUUGUCGGGUCAAACAACUGGGCAACAAAUCUGUUUCCUGGAUUCGACUGCGCGAUGGACACAUCUUGACCGUUGACAGGGCGGUCUUCAUAGCUGAUCAGCGUUUUCUGGCCAUCAAACAGCCGGACAAGUACUGGACGCUGCAGAUAAAAUAUGUACAGGCCCGUGAUGCUGGGUCCUACGAGUGCCAGGUCUCCACAGAGCCCAAAGUCAGUGCGCGUGUCCAGCUGCAAGUUGUGGUGCCCCGCACGGAGAUAUUGGGCGAACCAGAUCGCUAUGUAAAGGCUGGCAGCAAUGUCGUCCUACGCUGCAUUGUCCGUGGCGCCUUGGAGCCGCCCACCUUCAUCAUGUGGUACCAUGGGGCCGAGCAACUGGCAGCGGACUCGCGACGCCAUCGCACGCAAUUGGAUCCCAAUCUGCCGGAGGCCACAGGCGAGGGACAGAGCACGAUUGGCUCAUUAAUCAUCGAGUCGGCCAAGAAGCGCGAUACUGGCAAUUACACAUGUAGCCCAUCGAAUAGCCCCAGUGCGACCGUAACGUUGAACAUAAUAAAUGGUGAAUCAUCUGCCUCGGCGGUCACCUCAUCGGCAGCCACCACACGGGCCUAUGCCCUGAGCAUCCUCGCCCUGCUGCUGAGUGUCAUCCUCAUCGGUGUGGGCCAUCGGACAUGACAUGUCACCGGACAGAGGCCAAACUAAGGAGUGUAUCCCAAAAAGAACUCUGCCAAUGGAAAAGAAAAACAAACCCAAUUUGAUAAGCAUUAAAAAGCAGAAUUAAAUGAAAAGAAAUGAAAUGAAAUUAAAUCAGAUAAAUACACAUAAUAAUCGAGUGCAUGUUGUAAGCUAGUUGGUUUUAUCUACUAACUAAUAACUCAAUAAACGUACGAAUAUGAAGGAUAAAUCCGUAAAUCCCUCUUUCGCUCUCCUAUCUAUCUAUCUCUCUACCCCCUCCUACCACAUCCCAAACUUUGCAGCUAAUUGUAAGUUCUACCAGCUCUAAGCGAAAACUAGUCCGUAAGCCUCUUCCCCCUCCGCCAAUCAUCCCACUAGUCUUAGGCCUGAUUUCUCUCAUACAUGGAAUUAUUUUUUUCAUUUUUUUUUUGCUGGUUUUGUAGGUUUCGGUUUUUCUUUUGUUUGGUUUACGCAUAAAUGCAUGACCGUAAAUAUUUAUGCGCUUCGAUGUGCAAUUGCAUCGAUAUCCUAAAACCAUUCGGUGUGCAGGAAUUUCGGUCAUUAUUUUUUGGGGCAAAAAUUCAAACUCGAAUUGCAGUAGCAGUUGCAAUGUGGCAACAUGCUGCACCUUUCAAUUAGGCAUACUCACAUAGCCAUUUCUCUCUCCUUCCUGCUGCAUUCUCUGUCUAGAUAUGGACAUUUUUUUGAGUAUUUAUUAUUUUGUAGCAAAUACUUCGACACUUGACCUCAUUUGCUUUGGCAAUAAAUUCAUAAAAAUUCUCAACUCAAUGGGCAGAUGGAAAGUAAACACCUGAAUAGGCCGUCCCGCUCCAAUGUUGAUAAAAUUUCAAUAUUCAUUUAAUUUGUAUACUUAAAACAAAAUAGAAAUGGAAUUUCUGUUUGAUAUUUGUGUGACAUUUGCAAACAAUUUACAUGGCGAUGAAAAUUUAUGAAACUCUAUUUUAUGUGCUCUUAUCUCACGAACAUGCUCGAAACAUGCGCGAGAAAAACAAAACAAAAAUUCAUAAAAUAUCAAAAUAAAUUGCAUAAGGACAGAAAACAGAAAACCAAACAAAAAACGAAAAUUAUAGCAAAAGCGACAUAAAAUACACAAUUUAAUUGAUAGCGAAACGAAAGUAAAUUUAUUGGAUUGAAGAGGAGACGGAAGAGAAGAGAACAAACUGACUCGCCCGCACUGUAUAUAACUCUAUUGCGAAAAUUGUUCGACAGAAAUGUAAAUUAAUUGAAACACAAACCAAACCAGAGACGUAUUCCAAAUACUAAUGAAUUGCAUUUAAACGAUACAGAAAAACCCAAAAAAAAGCCACAUACAUAUAUCGUAUAUCGUAUAUAUAUAUAUAUAAAUAUAAAGAUAAAUAAAUAAAAGCAGAAACAUGAAAGGCAAACAGACGGUAGUCAAAGAAAUAAAUAAAAUCAAACAAAUAAACGGACAAAAUGCAAACAUCGUGUGCCCGCAGGAAAAACUGUAGUC